AUGGCAUCUCCUCCCCCACUGCAGAAUAAUCAUCUCUUCAAUGGUAGACUGGAGUUUGUGCCGGAUGGAUUGCUCGCCUUGGCCAAAGAUGCUCGAUACGUGAAGGAAUGCCAAGCUCUCUUUCAGCAAGUGAUUUCCUCGGUGCUGCCACGGAGGAGGCAUGCGUUGGCGGAACAAGAAUCUUGGAUCUUGGCAUCCCUCUUGUGUUUGGCCUUGGGACUGCGGCAGACAAGCAAGGGGACCACUCUGGGCAUGGAGACGGUGGGACUCCGAUUUUCCAAUGGUGCCUCCAGGUGGAAACUGGUGGCAUCCACUCUGGUGGCCUUGUCCUGGGCGUAUGCUUUUUCAGCACACAACAGAACAAGUAGCCACGACAAUGAUGCAAUCUCAUCAGGUACGACAACAAGAACAACAAACAACGGUGCAACAAAUCCUUCUGCAAUGUUAUCAGCAGAUACCCAGCAGAAUGAUGAACUUUUGCGAGGAGUUAGUCGACGUGAAUUCCACGAGAGACAACGGCAAGCCAUGUUAAGAAGAGCCAAUCAAGCUGCUUCGGCUGCAACAUCCAACAAUCAUCAAGGUGAAAUUAUAAUAAACUCUACAGAAAGAGCACCAUCGUCAGUAUCCACCACCCAGCAAACAAGUAUACCAGAAUGGGCAACCACUUUGCGGAAAAAACUCAAAUCCGUGCUGCUCUUGUUGGCUCGAGUUUUGGCUUCGGCAGCCUUGUCACCAUUCGAAGGCCCUCACAUGCUGCAGGCAGAAACCAACCAGCAGCAACAGCAACUGCGAAAUGAACCGUCGAUCCACCAGGCUGGACGAUGGUUGGCCAAACUGCAGUUGGCCCAUUUUUGUUGGACCGGUUUGUACCCUUCAUGGAUCCAUCGCUUCAGUGGGCUCUCCAUGGUACCAACUUCACCUACCAGACUUUAUCACCAGCCAACUACAUCCAGACUAGUGGGGCUUCUAUUGGCAUCCCAACUCGUAGCGACCGCGGUUCAGGCGUCUGCAUCUGCGACGAGUCGGUGGAUGUUGAUGCGUGAACAGGCAGCCCAGCAAUCUACGUCGUCGUCCUCCUCAGAACGCCAUCCACAACACCAACCUUCAGUCAUAUUUCAAUCCGCAAGAACGAUAGAUGAUGGUGCAAGUUCAGCGGAAUUCAACAACAACACUGAUAGCAAGAGAAGAAGCAUAUGCUCCAUAUGCAACAUGGAACGCCAGAAUCCGUCAGCUCCAUCGUCGUGUGGGCAUGUCUUUUGCUGGAAGUGCCUCUUGCAGUGGGUGUCCGGCAUACGGCCCGAAUGUCCUCUCUGCCGGGCUGCCUGUCGACCACAGGAUAUUGUGGCGCUAUACAAUUAUUCCCCGAAUUGA